GCGUAAUAGCUUGGAACUGAGUGAAGACACAGAUGUCCCUGUUGAGAGCAACCAGCUAAUGAUUACAUUUUAAAGACGAUUUCUGUGAUUGAGUUGUCAUUGGAAGAGUAAGUCCAUUUCAAGAGUACUUGGAGCUGGUCUUCACCUCGAGGAAGCAGUGGCUUGUUCCAGGAAGCCACUUUUGGCCUGAGAAUUUACCAGUAUGUCUAAUCAGGGAGAAGACUGCUAUUUUUAUUUCUAUUCUACAUGCACCAAAGGUGACAACUGCCCAUUCCGUCAUUGUGAAGCUGCACUAGGAAAUGAGACUGUUUGCACACUUUGGCAAGAAGGCCGUUGUUUUCGACAGGUGUGCAGAUUCCGCCACAUGGAAAUUGACAAAAAACGAAGUGAAAUUCCUUGUUAUUGGGAAAAUCAGCCAAUGGGUUGUCAAAAACUAAACUGCGCUUUCCAUCACACCAGAAGUCGUUAUGUCGAUGGACUGUUCCUACCUCCAAGCAAAACUGUGUUACCCACUGUGCCUGAGUCACAAGAAGAAGAAGUAAAGGCUAGCCAGCUCACAGUUCAACAGAACAAACUGUCUGCUCAGUCUAACCCCUCCCCUCAGCUUCGGAGUGUAAUGAAAGUAGAGAGUUCAGAAAACGUUCCCAGCCCCACACAUCCACCUGUUGUAAUCAAUGCUGCAGAUGAUGAUGAAGACGACGAUGAUCAGUUUUCUGAAGAGGGCGAUGAAAGCAAGACACCUGCCCUACAACCAACUCCUGACGUCCAUAAUGGAUUACGAGUGGCUUCUGCCCGCAAACCUGGAGUCAGUUUAAAGCAAGGUGAAUGUUUGAAUUUUGGAAUAAAAACUCUUGAGGAAAUUAAAUCAAAGAAAAUGAAGGAAAAAUCCAAGAAGCAAGGUGAAGGCUCCUCGGGGGUUUCCAGUGUUUUCCAUGAGCCUCAGCCCAGUCCAGGCCCUGAGAAGGAGAAUGUUCGGACAGUGGUGAGGACGGUGACUCUGUCAAGCAAACCAGAAGAGCCCUUGGUUAGACUGAGUCUUACUGAGAGACUGGGGAAACGAAAGCUUGGAGUAGGUGGUGACAGUGAUCCUCCAUUAAAGCGAAGCCUUGCACAGAGGCUGGGAAAAAAAGUGGAAGCGCCAGAAACUAAUAUUGAUAAAGCACCAAAGAAAGAGAGAGGUCAUAAAGCUGGUGAGAUCCACGUAAAGACACUGGAAGAAAUUCUUCUUGAAAGAGCCAGUCAGAAACGUGGAGAAUUGCAAACUAAACUGAAGACAGAAGAACCUUCAGGAGCUGAUGAUUCUCCAUCAGGAACAAAAAGUUCUUCUUCAGUGCGGAUCAAAACCUUCUCUGAGGUCCUGGCUGAAAAGAAACAUCGGCAGCAGGAAAUGGAAAGACAGAAAUCCAAAAAGGAUACAGGUUGCCUCGUGCUAACAGAAGAUACUGAAGUGAAAAAGACAGGGAGUCUGCCGACUGUUGCUGUUAGCAAAGGACUGCCAGGGGAGCCUGUGGGAAGAGCCAGGUCUACGCAGGAGGUGCAUGUUAAGACGCUAGAGGAAAUUAAGCUGGAGAAGGCCCUAAGGGUGCAGCAAAGCUCUGAGAGUAGUGGCAACUCCCGACCUCAAGCUGAGGCUGUCCCAGGGGCAAAGAGGCUGCUCCGCAUCCCCAAGAGAGCAGGUGCAAAAGAAGAGAAAAAACGUGAACUUGAAGACAGUAGUGACACUCCUUCUCAGAGCAGUGUGACUAAGAUGGAGGCUAAUGAGAGUUCAGAUGAGACCAUAAGUGAUCCCACAAAACUUCCAGUCAACAGAUGUGACACUGACAGAGAGAAGCAUACACAGAGACAGCAGGAGAGAGGAGCGUCACAGAAGGAGAAGGCAGCCCUGUCAUCUGUGCGGGGAGAUGAGGCUUCUUACUGUACCCGAGUGCUAGGGAAGCCGCCACUCACAGCUGUCUCAGGCACUCGGCACUUGGCAAAGCGGCUCCCCACUGAGCCAUCCCAGAGAGGGGAAGUGGAAACCGCUGGGAUCGGGGACUCAAUACUCAAUGUGAAGUGUGCAGCACAGACUCUGGAGAAAAGGAGUCAAGCCAAACCCAAAGUAAAUGUGAAGCCAUCUGUGGUCAAGGUUGUCUCAGCUCCCAAAUUGGCUCCCAAACGCAAGGCUGUGGAGGCGCACUCUGCCGUCAUCGCAGCCGUGAAGCCGCUCAGCUCCAGCAGCGGCCUGCAGGAAAGCCCCGCCAAGAAAGCAGCUAUGGCUGUUGUCCCACUCCUCUCUGAGGAUAAAUCCAUCACCAUGUCUGAGACAGAAAAACCGAAAGACAGUUGUCUGCUGUCUUCAGCCCCGGCUUCCUCAGAACCCUUGCUCCCAGAGGGGAAUUAA